AUGGUCACAGCCCCAGAAACCGCGGCGACUUCCACCAAUAACACCGACAGCGACAGCAGCACCCGCCAAGAUGCGCCCGUCCAAACGCAGACGAAUCUCCUCCCAAUGCGCCAGCUUCUGAUCGUCUUUUCUGGCCUAUCGACUGCGAUGCUAUGCUCUAUGCUCAAUCAAACUAUCGUCGCCACCGCCCUCACUACCCUGGGUGCGGUAUUUCACGAAGCCGACAUCGUCGCAUGGGUAGGCACCGCCUACCUCCUCACCAGCACCGCCUGCCAGCCUCUGUACGGCCGGCUGAGCGACAUCUUCGGUCGGAAGGUAAUUCUGCUCGGCUCGUUGGGGUUUUUCCUGUUCGGAAGCGUCUUGUCCGGAGUGUCGCGGGAUAUGAUUAUGUUGAUUGUUUCGCGUGCCAUUGCAGGGAUUGGCGGGGGCGGGAUCGUCACGGUCGUCAGCAUCGUCGUAUCCGAUGUUGUGUCUCUCAAGGAUCGGGGCAAGUAUCAGGGGAUCAUCGGCGUGGUGGUCGCCGCGGGGACGGCGAUGGGGCCGGUGAUUGGGGGCGUAUUCACGGAGAAGACUUCGUGGCGGUGGUGUUUUUACAUCAGUGUUCCGCUCUCGGCGGUCGCAAUCGUGAUUGUCGCAUUUGCCCUGCCGCUCAGGAAGGUUGAAGGGAAUGCGAUGGAGAAGAUCAAGAAGAUUGACGGCUGGGGGAGCUUGGUCAGCUUUGCGGCUUCGAUCGCUAUCCUGUUGCCGAUUUCCUGGGCUGGAACGCGAUAUGCCUGGACAUCGGCGGCGGUUCUGGCUCCACUGUUGAUCGGGGUCUCGCUCAUCGGAGUCUUUAUCUUGGUUGAAGUCAGACUGGCUAGACUACCCUUAAUCCCAUUAUCAAUGUUCAAAAACACCCACGUAGCCGUGUGCAUCACCACAUCCUUUCUAACCGGCUUCAUGACCUUUGUCAACCUCUACUACCUCCCCCAAUUCUAUCAAGUCGUCCAAGGCGACUCCGCCCUCCGCUCCGGGAUCCUCAUCCUCCCCCUCGUGCUCUCCCAGAUCAUCACAAGCUUCACCUCCGGCUUCCUCGUGUCCAAGUACGGGUGCUACCGCAUCAAUCUGAUUGUCGGAUACGGGCUGUGGACGAUCGCCUCGGGGGUCUUCACGACCGUGGACCCGGCCACCCCGGCCUGGAAGCUCGUCGUCUACCAGUUGAUCACCGGCCUGGGCAGCGGACAGACCCUGCAGACGACGCUGGUAGCCAUCCAGGCAGCCGUGCAGCGGCACGAGAUGGCCGUCGUGACGGGCGCACGGAAUUACCUGCGCAUGAUGGGGUCGACGCUGGCCGUGGCGGCGUGUGCGGCGAUUGUGAACAAUGUUGUUCGCUCAAAGCUCACGGCGCUGGACUUUGAUUCCGCUGUGAUAUCGUCGAUUGUGUCCGAUCCGACGACGAUUACCUCGAUGAGUGGAUUGUCCCAGGUGGAGGUAACGCAGGCGUUGGAUGCGUACGGUGAGUUUCUCAUUCCCGCACAUACCGCCAAAGGUGUGCAGGUCACCUAUUACAUGAUGACGGCCUUGGCGGGAGUACAGUUUCUGCUCUGUGUGUUGUUCGUCAAAGAUUACUCGUUGGAGCGCGAGGAUGAUGCCCGCGAGAAGGAGGCGGCGAAGAACUGGCUCCAGGAGCGCAAAAGGAAGCCAGACGGGAAGGGGGGCGUGGCGGGAGGGGUGGCUGGGGUGGAGGAGAUCGAGGAGCGGCGGAAAGAGGUUGAAGAUAGGGUCUAG